GACGACGCGAUUACGCAGUGCGAUACGCCCGAUGACAGGUGGAGUUCACCUUUGCUUGUGCAAAUAAUCUAAAGUCCAUUUGAUUGAGCCCGGAGGAACGGCUCGUCCACCGAUCAUUUACCGUGAUGGCGUCUGCUGAUCCGACCGAGACUCUGACCUGUCCCAACUGCCAGAACACGAGCGAGGAGGCGGACGCCGGGAAAUGUGAGCACAACUUCUGCUGGGUGUGCAUCGACUGUGUGCUGGAUAAGCAGCGUGGAGUCCACACGCACCAUGAAUGCAGAGCAGAAGCACGUCCUGUCCAUGAGCGGAGACUCCAGGCGGUGAGGGGACAUGAUAGCGCCAUCACCUGCACCUACUGCGUCCACUCUCCCACUCCUGCCAUCAAGUCAUGUGUCAUGUGUGAAGCUUCUCUCUGUGACAUCCACCUGGCCGUCCACAGUAAGUCACCAGAACACGUGCUGAUCGAUCCCACCACAGCCCUGCGGAACCGGAAAUGUUCAGUCCACAAGAAGAUCCUGGAGUACUACUGCACUGCCGACGCCGCCUGCGUCUGUGUGUCCUGCAUUCUCUUCGGAGAUCACAGAGGACAUCGAGUGGAGACGUUUGACGUGGUCUCUGAGAGGAAGAAGAAAAAAAUAAAAAAUGACCUGGAAAAACUCAUCUCAAGGAACACAGAGACUGAGAAAAAAAUCCAAACUCUGCAGAAUCGCGGAGGAGCCGUGCAAGAAAAAGCCUCUGAUUUGAGCGAGAGAGUUACUGCCCUGUUCAGAGACAUCAGGAGACAGCUGGAUGCCCUGGAGAAGAGAGUCCUGUGCGAGGUCUCCAAGCAAGAGGAGAAGGUGUCUCUCUCAGUCUCCAAACUGGUCCAGCAGCUGGAGCUGGAGAAGGAUGAACUGUCCAGGAAAAUCUCAUAUCUGGAGGAGAUGUGUACCAAGAGCGAUCCUCUGACGGUCAUCCAGGAGCAGGAAUCUGAAAUAGAAGAUUUUAGCGGCAUGGCGGAGGACGCAGCCAACCAGCUUGACAGGCAGAUCUACAGCGUGGCCAGUGUGGACGAGGGGCUGAUCUCAGUGACCUUACACACAGGACUAUGCGACAUAAUUGCCGGCAUCAAGAAAGGCAUCAACGUGCAUGGAGCUACGGACAUCUUGCUGGAUAUAAACACGGCCGGGAACGAUGUCCAUGUGUCUGGGGACCUAAAAGCUGCAUCCUGGUCACACAUCGACCAGAACUAUCCAGAGAAGUCUGAAAGGUUCCAGUACGACCAGAUUCUCAGCUCCAGGAGCUUCAGCUCAGGGCGUCAUUUCUGGGAAAUGGAGACAAGUGAGACCGGAGUGUGGUUUAUGGGGAUGUGUUACCCCAGCAUGGACCGCAGGGGGCGCCAGUCCUGGAUCGGAGACAAUAACAAGUCCUGGUGCUUGCGGCGAUAUGACAAUGUCCAGUACUCGGUAAUACAUGACGGUAAGUGGCUGCAGUUACCCCACAGCGUGUCCUGCCAGGUCCUGGGGAUCUAUCUGGACUAUGAGGCUGGCCAGCUGUCCUUCUACGAGCUCCGGGACCCCAUCAGACUCUUACACACCUUCACCACCACCUUCAUGGAGCCCCUGCACCUGGCCUUCAGCGUGUACAAAGCCUGGGUGCGGCUCCGGGGCUAAGAGUUCAGGGACCACCAACGCCUGAUGUAUGAUAAUAGCCGGAAUGGGUGGAGGUCCGGCUGUAAUACCAAACAUUAGACACCAGGGGGCGCCGCUCAUAUCUAUCAGAUGGAAUAUUCGACAUAUUUAGCUCUGUAACCCAAUAAUGUAAUAAACAGAUAAUUGAA